AUGAAAAAUAGUAUAGGAUUGAGUUGCUGUUCAAUAUAUUCGAACCCUUUAGAUUAUGAAGGAAAUAAAUUAAAAAUAAUAGAAAGUAUAAAACAAUGUAAAAGCUUAAAUUGUAGUAUAAGAAUAGGGGGGGAAUUAGAAAUAACUGGAGUAAGUUGUAAAAAUAGUUUUAAAGGAAUUGAAGAUAUUCAUGAAAAUUGUUGGUUAACAUUAAGUAAUAUAUUAAAGGAAAAAUAUGAAGGUAGUAAUAUAACGGAUAAUAUAUUAUGUUUUAUUAGUAUGCCUAUUUAUUUUAAAAAAAAAUUAUAUAGUUCUGAAGUCAUUAUAUAUAACAGCCAAAUUAUUUAUAUAUCUCCUAAGGAAAAUGUUGAAAAUAAUGAGCAGUCGAUGUAUUUUUCACCAUAUGUUGGAUUAAAAUGUGAAGAAGAUAUUGAAUUGAAAAAUGAAGGAAAAAAUACAAUUAUUUUUUCAAACAGUAAUGUUAAUAUAAUUUCUAAUCAUUUUGAAAUAUUCUCAUUGCCUAAAUGUAUCCAAAAUGUAACACAACAAAAAGAAACAUAUAUAGGAAAAUGCAUAAUAGAAUAUGAAGGAGUAGCAAUAGCACAUACUUUCUUAGAUGAUUUAAUUAGUAUAGAACGAAAUGAAAUAAUUGAUGAUAGAAUUGAUAUAUUUAAUAAAUGGGAUCCUGAUUGUAAUCAUAGUAUUAAUUAUAAUGUUAGCGAAAAUAAGAAAAACAUAUCUCCUUUUGAAAAAGAGUAUAUAAAACUGACCACUACAAAUAAGAUAAAUUUAGAAUGUAUAGAUGUAUUAUUAGUAAACGGAUAUAUAACUAAUGAACUUGAAUUAUUUAAAAAAUAUUUUUCAACAUUAAUGAACCUAACAAAAAAAUAUCCACAUUUAAUUUUAUGUUUUAGUAAUAAUUUUGGCUGUGAUAAUUAUUUAUAUAUGUUUGAUGGAUUUUCAUUUAUCGGAAAAAAUGAACAAAUUUUAACAAAAAAUGGAAGGUAUUCAUUUUAUGAGAUUCAAGUUGCAUCUGUUAAGGUAGAAAUCGAGAACAAACAAGAGGAUAUAAAAAAAGAAAUUAAUUCUAAAAUUUGUAAGAACAAAAUUGGAAAACAAAUAUCAUUAUUAUCAAUUAAUAAACAUGGUAAAGAUACUAAAGAACCCAUUUUCGCAUACAACAAAGACAUACCUUUAUCUAUAGAGUGUUCUAAAGAUACGUUAUCGAAAAAUCUUCCCGAUAUAUUUAACAUAAAUAAAUACUCAAAAGAUAAUAAGAAUUUAGCAGAAUUAUUUAGUAGUCAUCAUUGUGGUAAUAGACAAAAUAACUCGGAACCUAGCACAGAAUCUAGUACAGAAUCUAACACGGAAUAUAGUACAACAUCUAACACCGAAUCUCGCUCUUAUUAUAUUUUCAAUGGACAAGUAGAAAGGUUACACAAUAUUUAUGAAGAAUUGAGCUUCAAUUGCUCUAUGUUUUUAUGGCACAUUUUGCAUUUAUCAAAAGCGAAAGGUUUUACUUUAGCAUUGUCUGGAGGAAUAGAUUCAGCCUUUUGCGCAUGUAUGGUAUAUGUGCUAGCAACAAUGCUGGAAAUACAAAUGAAAGAAAUUGAAGAACUAAAUGAAAUUGAAGAUAAUAACAAACAUGAACAGAAAGGAAUACAGAGUGAUGAUAUAAAUAAAAAAUUAUUUUUAAACAAAUUAAAAAAUAUUUUAAUAAAUAAAGCAUGUAAAAAAAACAUUUGUAACAAAUUGUUAAAUACAUUAUCAAUGCCAUCAAAAAAUAAUAGCCAAGAAACAAAAUAUUUUUGUGAAGAAUUAAGUAAAGCUAUAAAUUCUUAUCAUAAUAUUUAUAAUAUAGAUGAUAUAUAUAUGUUUUUUAAAAAUAUAGGAGAAAAAUUUUUAAAUGAAAAACUAAAAUUUAAAACUGAAAAUGGAACAAAUUAUCAUGACUUGUGUUUACAAAAUAUACAAUCACGAUCAAGAAUGAUUAUGUUAUAUUUUUUUAAUACAUUAAUUUGUCAAAAAAAAUAUGCACAAUAUAAUAUGUAUAACGAAUUCUUAAUAACAUUGGCUACUGGAAAUUUAGAUGAAUCUAUAAUGGGUUAUUUUACAAAAUAUGAUUGCUCAUCUGGUGAUAUUGAUAUUAUUGGAAAUGUCAGUAAAAUUUUAAUAAAAGAAACUAUGUGCUAUAUAGCUAAUAGUCCUGUUUUUGACCUUCAAAUUUUAAAUAAAAUAAAUUCAUACUUUCCAAGUGCAGAAUUAAAACCAUUGGAAAAUAAACAAAAUGAUGAAAACGAAUUAAAUUUAAAAUUUGUUGAGAUUAAAUUAUUAACUAUUUUAAAAAAUAAAUUUUCUUUAGGUCCAUCUUCUAUGUAUUAUUAUCUUUCACAAUAUUUCUGGCCAAAUAUGUCUAAAUCAGAUAUAUUUGAUAAAAUUCAAAUAUUUUUCACAAAAAUAUAUAAAAAUAUUCACAAACUUUUUAUCCUUCCACCAUCUUUGCAAAAUGAGUCAUGUGCUAUUAAUAUGAAUAAUUUUUCAAACUUUGCCACAAUGGAUUUUGAUAAAAUCAAACAACGAUACGACAUCCCAUUGGACAGCAACACUAAUGCCUCAAAACUGACCAAAUAG